AUUCGGUAUCAUCUAGUGGAAAUUCAUAUGGCAAUGUGCCAGACUAUGAGCUCGUUAGUCAGACAUCAGUUACAAUUACAGAAACAGGAAAAAAUUGCUACAGGGUAUCAGAAGGUGAUAUCUCCGUUCUUGAAGGAGACAUAAUCGGCUUACAGUUCCCAACGAGUAACAAUGUUGUCAACUGUGAAAAUCGCCCUUCAGGUACUGACCAACCAUUAUACAGUGGGACAGCAAGUAGCUGGUUUGUGAAGACUGACAUGUACCCAACUACAUAUUCAGUUAUUAAUCAAACAUGUGACAUUCAAGUUGUUUAUACCCAGGAUAACGAGCAGAACUUGCCGAAAAAUUUAGGAUAUUCAUCUUCUGUUGGCAACUAUCAGCUGGCCAUAUCAAUAUUGGAAACAGAGAGUAAACAACUGUCAGUAUCAUUAGAAGAAGCAAUAGCAGGUGUGAAAUUAGUGAAUCCUGUCAUAGGCAUAGUCAGUUCUUCUGAUCAUUUUCUGGGCACUGUGUAUACAGAGCGGAACCAGGUGUAUGAAUUUACAGUAGCUGUUGGAGGUGGAACCAAUCUUGAAGCUACAGCAAUGGGUCAGACUGUAACAUUUACCAGCUCAUGUGUAUCUGCUGUUUCAUUAAUUGUUGGGGAUGACUGUAAUUCCACCUUAUACUGGUCAGACAAACCUUUCGCAACAUUUACAUAUAACACAUCUACAGUGGCAACUGUCAACACCAGUAUUGUGAUAAAUAAUCCCCUUGGUUCUGAAACGUAUACAUUGACAAUACAAACAGAGGAGAGAAUUGCUGGGGUUUCAUUUAGUCUACUUACACCUAGUUUGAUUGCUAACAGUGUAGCUAUUAACAGUCCAGUAGAGUUUCGUCUUGACUUUACUGAAGGAACUGGAGUAAGUUUUGCAUAUACAAUGAAUGGAUCAUCAGCUGCCUCUAUGAAUGCCUCAUUGUUCACAACAUUCUCAGAAAUUGGUACAUUUAUUGUGAAUGGUACCAUCUCAAAUGUGCUUGAUACACACACUGAAUCGAUCACUGUUAAAGCAAAACAAGCAGCAAACUUCAAUAACUGUCAGUUAGUAGACGUACCAUACACUGCGGCUGUAGGAAUAAGUUUCAACCUCAAGCUUCAGUGUGAGAUUAGUGUCGGAGCUGAGGUCAGCGCAGUCUGGAAUUUUAGCGAUGGCACUCCUAACAUUACAAGUGCAGUUUCAACUAUAAAUUCCUCACCAAAAUCUUGGACACAGGUGGUUACUUUUAGUUCAGUAGGCAGAGUAGCAGUUACAGUAUUUACAAAGGAUUCAUUUGAAGAAGUUGCAGUGAGUGGAAAUGUGAGUGUGUACAAUGCUGUGCCUUCAGUUUUAAUUACUUCUAAUGGUACUGAUGUUUUCAAUAAUACAGUAGUAGAGUUUACUGCUAGUGUUCCAGCUAGUCCAGGGAAUUAUGGUGAUGUCCAGUACACCUUUGAUUUUGGUGAUGGAAACACACAGUCCAGUUCCUCAGGAGUAGUUACCAAUUUGUAUACAACAGGAGGUAAUUUCAGUGUCAGUGUAACUGCAAGUAAUGGACCAAGCAGUCAGACUGCCACCACCUAUGUGGCCAGUUAUGUAGAAGUCACAGGUCUUGUUCUGACAUAUGAUGGGCCGAAGAAAAUGAGCAAUUCAGUAACAUUUACGGCUUUAGCAUCGACAGGAAACUCCCUCUCAUACCGAUUUUUUUCGUCUCCAUCAGCUUUUGAUGUAACUCAGUCCUCGGGAACAUAUACGCACACAUUUACGUCUGCCGAUAUCUACAAUGUUACAGUGGUUGUCUCCAACAUGUUAAGCCAGCAAGCAGAGUCAAUUACUGCAUAUGUCAUGAAUGCCUCGGAUCUUAUUAUAUCUGGAUUUGAAGUGGAUGGGUACACUGUAUCAAGUUGUGUCGAAACAUUAAUUGGCCGGAAGUUUGAAGUUGGCAUUAUUCACUAUAACCCUGCUAAUGUUGUGUGCGACUGGGAUUUUGGAGAUGGACCAGUACUUUCAGGUACAACUUGCAGUAAAACCCAUGCAUAUUCUACUGCAGGAAAUUUCACAAUUAAUGUGACUGCCAAAUUUACCCCUCAGAAUGCUGAGAGACACAUUAGCCAAGAGGUCUGUUUACAUGAGAGAAUAACUUCACCAACAAUUUCCAUAGCAACACCAGUUACACUUCCUCCAUCAGGAAUAGCCUCAGAAAAUGUGCAGGUUACCGUGGCGACAGGAGAUCCUUUGACUUACGCAUGGUUCACAAAUGCUACAGGUGGUAUGUCUACUGGUGCAGUGUUUCCUGUUAAUUUUACAUCAGAGGGUACCUACUAUAUAACAGUUAUAGUUUCUAAUGCAGUUAACAAUGAAACAGUGACACAAACUGUUGUUGUUAUAGAAGAGAUUACUGGUAUGACAGUAUCGUGCCAGUCUUGUAUUGAACAGUCUGGUGAAUUUUAUCUACAGAAUGGCACAACGUACUCAUUUGCUGUUACAACAACAACAGGAAGUGGAAUAGCCUUCACAUGGAAUUUUGGGGAUUCCACAACAGCCACAGGAAAUACAAAUUUACAUGCAUACACUAGUAUUGGAACACGCAACAUAACUGUAACAGGUAGCAGUGCAGUCACAGCAGCUGUAGUUGAGUAUGUAACAGUACAUGUUGAAGCAACCAUAGUAUCAGUGACAGUUGGAACUCGGCUGUGGGACUGGAAAAAUAAUGUCCGUAAUACUUCGGUUAAGGACUUAGAUAUAAUAAAUGCCGGAAAAUUUCAAGCAACAGUCGUUCCUGCUGGAAUGGAUUUGGAAUACAUUUGGGUAUUUGAAACUGGUCUUGCAGCAGAAACAACAGAAACAAGUGAAGCUGAUCAUACGUUCUCUACAACAGGCUUAAAAGUAACCACAGUAACUGCCAGAAACUUCCUUGGUAAUGUUACUUCAUCAGAAUUUAGGUUUUAUGUAAUAGAGGAAAUCUCAGACUCAAGUCUUCAAGUGACAGAAAAUGGAAAUACACUGUCUGGUACAACUGAAAGUAAUACAUAUAAAGUUGCUUUAAAUAAUCGAGCUACAUUCAACUUAUCAUCAACCCAAGUAGUUCCAGACACUGUAGAAUACUUCUUACUACUAAGAGUUCGAAAUUCAGGAACAGGUAAUUAUGCACUGCAGAAUUCAACAAUAGAUAAAGGUGACCCCACACUUUCUUUUAAUCUUACUGAAAGUUCCAUUUACAGGUUAGAGGCAACCAUCAGAAACAGUAUAAAAACUGCCUCUACCACAGUUUAUAUUGAAGCAAUAGAAGCUGUCUCAGACCCAUUUAUCAAUGCGCCAGCAGGAGAAGACGGAAAUAUAACCCUGGGCUCAUCUGUUACACUAACAGGUGGUGCAACUAAUGGGCAGUACCAACAGUAUCGCUGGUUUUAUGCUGUGUCACCAAACACACAGACAUUGCCAACGACAAAUAACUCAACAGUAACUAUAACUCCAGGAGAAGUUGGAUUAUAUAUUGUGACAUUAGAAGUAAGCAACUCUGUAUCAAGCCCUCAUAGUGUUAACUACACAAUAAAUGUGAUGGCUGGUGUUUCUGGUGUAGGGAUAGACGUCACAAUGAAGCAUUCUAAUGCAGUGGAAGUAGGUGAGACUCUAACGUUCUCGGGAACCGUCUCUUCUGGAACAGAUUUGUCAUUCUUCUGGGAUGUAGUAGUUUCAGGGUCAUCAGAUGGCACAGGAAAUGCUCAACAAUUCACUUACCAGUUUAAUACACAAGCACUAUACAAUAUCACUCUUUUUGUUGAAAAUUAUGCAAGUAGUGGAACAGCUGUCAGGGAAAUCUAUGCUCUAAAUGAAGUGCCAAUAUUCAGCAUCUUUGCCAGUGGUGUCUCUUUUGUAGCGAGUAUUGGAAAAUAUGUUGCCAGGACAAACACUAUUGUCACUUUCUCCAGUAAUAUUUCAAACAUUGACUUCAUGCAGUUUAGCUGGGAAAUAAAUAGCAUCUCUGAACCUGCAAAUGAAACCUUAGCGAAAAACUUAACAAGUGCAGCGGAGUAUUCUGUAGAGCUGCGUGCCAGUAAUCUUAUCAGUUCUGGGAACAGUGGUAUCACAAUAGUUAUUCAGGAUCCCAUUACUGCUUUUACUGUCCAGAAUUGCAUUGGUACAUAUCUGAUUGAUACAAUAAUAACACUUACAGCCUCAUACAGUGGGACAGAUGUAUCAGUUGAAUGGGCUCGAGAAGAAUUAGGAAACAGUACCGCUGCAGUAACAACUGUCCAGUAUCCUACAGUAGGAACUUACAGUGUUAACGUUACAGGAAGCAACUAUGUGAGCGAGGAGAUGAAAUACUGUUGGAUUACAAUUCAAGGUUCUAUAAGUAGCCUAACAUUAACGGCCUCGCAGUACAUGUAUGUAGGUUAUCCAGUUACAUUUAAUGUAACUGGAAUCUACAUUGAUCCUGCAGAGUUUACAUGGGUGUUUUCACACGGUGUGACACAGACAACAAUAAAUGUAGCAACAUUAGAUAUUACAUUUGCUGCAAAGGGAACUUACACACUAGAAGUCAAUGCAUCCAAUGCUGUCAGUAGCUCUAAAGUGAGUAUAACAUUUGAAAUAGAAGAAUUGGGAUGCAGCCCACCAACUGUGACAGUAGAUGGCAGCACAGAAAGGAAGGUACGUCGGUCAAGUGUAGUUGAACUUUCUGCUAAUGUAAUAACAGGUGGCUGUACAGAGUAUUCUUCCGUGAACAUCUGGAAUAUAUAUACAGCACCUUCCUGUGCUGUCUCUCUUACAAAUUAUAAUGAGUUCCUACUUCCAAACACAAUCCAGACGAAAACUCCGAGCUUGUGGUUGCCUAGCAACACCCUGAGUUACGGUACUUACUGUGCUGUGUUCAAACACAGUUAUAACAACACUCCAGAAGAAGUAUCUAGACACUUUAACUUAACAGUAGUUGAGUCUCCAGUAGUGGCAGUGCUGAGUUGUGGAAAUAUGUGUGUUGCUAGGAAUUCCCCAAACUUGACUUUGGAUGCCAGUGGGUCAUACGAUCCAGAUCAAGUUCCAGGCACAACUUUGACAUUUGCUUGGUCCUGCAAUCAAACCAUGGGUACUGCAGCUGCUGCAGAUGUCUGCUCAAAAAUCAGAGCUGUGACAACAUCAUCUGCAAACAUAACUGGAUUGAGCUUGACAACUGGUGAUGUGUAUACUGUAACAGCAACUGUGUCUGCUGCAGGCAGAACAGCAAGUUCAUCCACACAGACGAUUACGAUACAAACAAGCUCAGCUCCGGUAGUCUCCAUUACAUAUGUUUCAAGCAUUGCCAGAGGACAUUCGCUGCUAACAAGUAGUAGCAGUGUAGCUUUUGAGGGCAUAUGUAAUUCCGGCUGCACUAGUUCCACUACAUACCAGUGGACUGUGUACGAAACAGCUACAAGCAAUCCAGUUGUAGUGGACAUUUCACAGACAACAACAGGCACCAACCAGGAAAACUUUGUCCUAUUGCACUCUGUUCUUGAGGCUAAUAAAGCAUAUACAUUUCAACUGGUAGCUACAGAGGGAUCUGAGAAUGGACAAGCCUCAGUGGUCAUUCAGCCAAGCUCCGCACCUACGGAUGGAAUUUGUACAAUAUCUCCAUUAACAAAUGUUGUCCCGUUGUCUACCAAGGUCACUGUGUCUUGUUCAGGUGUCACUGACACGGACCCAGUAUCCACUAUAUCCUACAAGAUUAUUGUCAAAUCAACUACUCAAUACAAGAAACCAGUUAUUGCAUAUUUUGGUUCAAAGUCAGAAAACAGUAUAUAUCUGGCACCAUUACCGGGCACAAGUUCUGGCACAAGUCUUGGCAGUGUUGAUGUAGAGGUCCUGGCAGUGAAUGACUUUGGAGCAGAAAACGUUGGCUAUCAGAGAACCAUUUCAUUUGUAGCACCUACCCUGUCAGGUAGCCAGAACACCACCACAGACUUUAUUGUUGACCAUAUGGUCGACAAUAUGCGGUCAAUCGUAAAGCAGAAUAAUCCCCCUCUACUCCUGCAGUACUGUAUGACUGUCCUCAGCUACCUCAAUGACCAGUCAGAGAAUAAUGAUGGUACACCAGAACAACAUAUGGCUAUCAGGGAUGUUAUUGCAACUUCACUCAGCGGUCUUCCACUUACGUCUGUCAAUAACAUUCAACAAAUGGCUUCAACUGUUGGCUAUCUUUUGGAAUAUCCUGAAGAGAUUUCCAUAGAUACCCUGUCUAAAGCUCUCUCAGAAAUUGAGGCAAUGACAGAACUGUUGGAGUCUACCGUCAGUAAGGGUGCUGACCAGCGUGACUAUGACCCAGAUACUUUGAUUGAAGCUAAUGCAGGCAUACAACAGUGGUUGAAAUCACCAUCAACUUUUGAAAGUGACAGUGUCACUCUUGCAAAACUUGGCAGUCUAACGGAGUAUGCAUUGCAAGUUAGUUCUAGUGUACAGACGGACACAUACUCAAGUACCACAGAACAGACUCAGGCUUUGAUCAUAAAGAGUAUGGAGUUCAAUACGCAGCUCAUGUUAAUACCUCUCAGAGCUCAGUUACCUAAUGAAAAUCCUAUAGAGAUAUCUACAUCUGAAUAUGAAGUUUUUGCUUACCAUAUAUCAACAGGUAAUGUUGUGACUGAGCACAGCAGUGAUUUUGGAGGGAAUAUCAAGGUACCAGAAAACCUUUUAUCAUCCCACACCAGCUACAGUGAACCGUCAGUAUACCAGCUUGUGUACUUCAGUGAUAUCAACCAGUUCAAUUUUGGUUUCGGCAGUAACUUUCAAAUAAAUACAAAAACUCUUUCAACCAGUUUCCACACACCAGAUGGAGACCAUUUUUCAGUGUCUGACCUUCCUGAUGGGGAGGAAAUAAUAAUGCAUAUGUUUUCUGAAGAUGUUACACCAUACUCCAUAAAUGACACAGAUUUAAGAUUCUCUGCUGGUUACGAUCCACUAUUGAGCAUGCAGUAUUCAUCCAGCACUGUGGAACCAGGCAAAGACAUCGAAAUAGGAAUUAACAUGCCCUCAGGAUCUGGGAUUGCUGCUCAUAUCCAAGUUCGUGCAAACUUGACUAGUAAUACUGGUAGAUUGACAGCAUCAUUGUACAAGAAUCAGGAGAAAUAUGGGCCAUCAGACAGUGAUGAGAGCAAGAGACCAAAGGUGAUUACCAAAGCCAUGAUGGACAAUCAACAAAAUGAUCAUACAGACUACACUUUCUACCUUGCUCCAAGUGAUUAUCAGGAUGAUGAUGCUUUUGACGUCCGUGUUCGAGUCACUGAGACAGCUGACGUAUAUAUCGGUGUAUAUUACACACAGUGUGAAUUUUUUAAUGAAGCCCUUUCACAAUGGGAUAAUGAGGGAUGUACACCACAACCGGAGUCUAUCUCCUCUCUCAUCAAAUGUGCAUGCACUCACUUGACCUCAUUUGGUGGCAGUUUGUUUGUGUCGCCAGACCAACUUGACUUCACUGACCUCACAGAAGUAGACCUAGCAUCAAACCCAGUGGCAAUUAUAACAUGCAGUGUGAUCCUUGGGCUGUACAUCAUUCUCGUGAUAGCAUUCAGAAAGUUAGACCUGAUGGAUUUAAACCGGAUCUCCCUUAUACCUCUCUGUGGCAAAGAUGGCUCCUUUAAAUAUGAGGUUACCAUAGUAACAGGAAGAUUGCCUGGUGCAGGUACAACAGCUCAUGUUGGCAUACGACUUGUUGGAGAGUAUGGCAAAUCUGCACGACAACAUGUGAGCAAAGCGGGAGCAUUCAAGCGUAACUGCUCAGACACAUUCAUUAUUGCCUACGAUGUAAACCUUGGUGAGCUGAAGAAGAUUCAAAUAUGGCAUGAUAAUCGUGGAUCCUCACCGUCCUGGUAUUUAAGCCACGUAAUUGUAAAUGAUCUGCAGACAGACCAUAAGUUCUACUUCUUCGGAAAUACUUGGCUGUCCCUGGAGAAUGAAAAUGGCACUAUACAGAAAGAGAUUAAAGUUGCUGGUUCCCAUGAAAUGAGUAAAUUUAGCUAUAGACUGAAGACAGCUUUGUUUAAUGCUCUGGCAGACAAACAUUUAUGGUUAUCCCUGUUUAACCGACCUGCUCAGAGUCGGUUCACUAGGGUCCAGCGUAUAACAUGUUGUGUGACAGUUCUGUUUACAUUUGUUGUUGUAAAUGCCAUGUGGUAUGGCCUACUAAAGAAAGACAACACAGAGCUAGGGUUUGAAGGGUUUGGCUGGGAAGAAGUGGUUCUGGCCCUCGUCAGUAACGUGAUGGUGCUACCAGUCAGCAUUGGACUUGUUUUCCUGUUCAAGAAAAGCAGAUCAAAGUCCAACUUUUUUGAUCAUGUACGUAAGCCCCAGACAGCCCAGACUCUGGAGAUAGAGAAUCUGUGUGAGAACUCGCAGGGUGGAUCGUUUGAGAGUACAAACACUGGAGCCAUACCAUAUGAUCUGGACAGAGAGAGUACCAUUGAUUCAGUUCCUCGUACAGCUCUAGGAUUGCAUCGUUCCCGCCAUGUUGCCAAGACACAACGUGAAAACACUGAUGACAGUAUCACCCAGACACGUCCAUCUGUGGCAGUUACGGAGGCUAGUUCUAAGUCCCCACUCUGGAAUGAAGACAACAUCAUGAAAUGGCCAGAUUCUGUCACUUUUGAUGAGGGCAGAUUCGCGUCCAUCCACUGGGUCUACAAUGGUCGUACAGCUCUAGGAUUGCAUCGUUCCCGCCAUGUUGCCAAGACACAACGUGAAAACACUGAUGACAGUAUCACCCAGACACGUCCAUCUGUGGCAGUUACGGAGGCUAGUUCUAAGUCCCCACUCUGGAAUGAAGACAACAUCAUGAAAUGGCCAGAUUCUGUCACUUUUGAUGACGGGGCAGAUUCGCGUCCAUCCACUGGGUCUACAAUGGUGGCUGGACCUGCAGUGCGACAGCCACCAGUAAAAGCUGGAGGAUCAACACCUGGCGCAUCCAGAAAGUCAAAGACAAUACAGAAAGGUGAUGCUGGCCAGUUGCUAGAGGAGUUGGACAAAUUAGAACAUGACUUGAAGGAGUCUGAGUCACGGUCGGUAAAAUCAUCCGGUAGCAAGAAAUCUACUACAUCUCUCAGGAGGCCUACCAUGCAUAAGUCAAAUUGGGGCAGCCUAGAGGAUAUUCUGCAAUCCGAUGAUGAAAGUGUGGCUGAGAGUAGUGGCAAGAUGAAAAAACGAGGAUCUACAACAAGUCAGGGUACCACAGGAAAAUUUAACCCUCGGGCUGAUCCCAGGAUUAACGGUAAUGGUGGAAUGUGGCCUAAGUCGCGUGAGUCUGUGAUCAGCCGAGAUUCAGCGGAGCAUCCUGGUAGAGGAAUAACCUCAGGACUCAGACCGGGGUAUUACAGUGAAAUGACAAUGGAAUCAAGAGAUAUCAAGAUUCACUCACACAAGGAGAAAUGUACACUACCUCCAUGGUGUAUCUAUAUAGCAUACAUCCUCUGCUUCCUGCUCGUGACAUUUUCCACCAUCAUUGUGAUCCUAUACUGCUUCAAGUUUGGUUCUGAGGAAUCGUUGAAAUGGGUGUUGGCAUUGAUUCUCUCCCUGAUCCUCUCUUUCCUUGUUAUAGAACCUCUCAAGGCACUCUUGAUAGCUGUAUAUGUAGUUGCCACAUUCAAGAAUGUGGAGCAAGAUGAGGAUGAAGACUUUAUCGACAUUGAACCAACUUUUGACAAUUCUAAUGAAAAAAUAAAGGAUGUAAAAUUCAAGCCAAUCUCCGGAUUUGCCUUACUGCAAGCGAAAGAGGAAGGACGUAAAAUACACAGGAUGAAAAUUAUGAUACGACAAUUUAUCGCCUACGUGUUUUACUUAUGGCUAAUCAUGGUGAUAGUAUAUGUGAACUUCCGUUAUGACACGUACCUGAUGACCAAACAUGUGGAGAAUGAUUUUAUUGCCCCAACGACAAAUGACCACAGGAAUUUCAGCAAUAUCACCAGUAUUGAUGAGUUCUGGGACUGGACAGAGACAGUGUUGAUAGAUUCUCUCUACAAGGAAAAUAACACCCAAGAUGAAGAGCAUGCUUUCCUUCUCGGAGAAGCCAGAAUGAGGCUCAUCAGGGGAGUCACAGCCAAAUGUCAAGCAGCUAAUGCAGCAUCAGGACUUGGCGCAUCAACACUCACAGACAGGACAUGUUACGGUCAGGGUAAUUAUGAUGAAGAUACAAGGGACUAUGCUGAAGGUUGGAAUGACAGCAACUCCAACUAUUCAUGGAGACAUUACUCAGCAGGAGAUCUUGGAAGCACACACAAGAUCGGACAUGUGGCUACUUACGGAGGUGGUGGUUACCCUCAGGGUCUUGGUACAUCAUCUGCUGAGACUGACAGUAUUAUUGCCUAUCUCAAAGACAAGGGAUGGAUUGACCUACAGACUAGAGCUAUCAUCUUUGAAUUUGCACUGUACAGUGCCGGCUCGGACAUGACUUCCAUGGUGGCCUUACUGGCAGAGUUCCCGCUGACAGGAGGGGUGAUCACAAGCUACGAGAUACAGAGUGAGAAACUGCUGUGGUUCCAGGAAAACACUGUUGAACCUUUAAUGGUGUUAGAGGUCAUUUUGUUCUUGGUGAUUGUGUAUUCAGUUGUUCACUUAGCGUUACAAAUCAGAGAACGAGGAAAGCAAUUCUUCAAGGACGUCUGGAACUGGUAUGAAAUGUUGACCACAUUGAUGGCUCUCGUCAAUGUUGGAAUGUAUAUUGGAUGUGUUGUCGAGGCAACCAACACUUUCAACAGAUUCCUUGACAAUCAGACUGGAUUUACAAACUUUGAGCGAGCGAUGUACGUCCAUGUCGGCAUGAGAUAUCUAAAUGCCUGGCUUCUCUUCCUACUCAUGUUCAAGGUUGUGAAACAGUUGCGAUUCAUCAAGUUUAUGUAUGUAUACGAGCGUACAUUGAGUAAAGCUGUGGGGCACCUGCUGGGUACGGGGCUCAUCUAUAUCAUCCUGCUGCUUGUGUACGCCCAGGUCGGAUACUUGAUGUAUGGACGAAUUAUCGCUGGUUUCGAGUCUGUUGGCCACUCUAUUACUACGCUUAUAGUAAUGAUACGUGGAAGUUUUGAUUUCUGGCCUAUGCUGGACCAUCAACCAAUUUUUAGUCAUUUUUAUGUGUACUCGUAUUAUGCUUUUGCAUAUGGCAUCAUGAUAGCUCUAGUCAUUUCGAUAUUAACGAGUACGUAUAAAGUGAUAAAGUCACAGAUGUAUUACAAGGCUACAUUAGAUAUGCAGGAUUAUGAGAUGAUAGACUUCAUGUUGAAGAGAUUGAAACUUUUGACUGGUAUACAGAAACCUAAACCAGCAUUUCGGCGUGUGCGUUUCCCAGGGUUACCAUCAGUAUCUAGUCGCAGUUCAUCAAGUUAUUCAAACCGUAGUUCAGCAUCGUUGCACAGUGCCGAGAGUAUAACUGGCCCGCAGUUUUCAGAGGUGCAACUUCGCAGUAUGAUGGCAAGGAUGGCUCCCACAUGGCAAGCUGUGCUCAGAAGAAUGGACAAGAUUGUUGCAUUGGAUGAUGAAGAAGAAAGUCUAGUCAAAAAAGCAGAAAAUGAAAUGAAGAAUUUGAACUGGAAGUGUCGAAUAAAUGAACUUGAGCGCCAGCAUAAAGAAUUGUUAAGCUGGAAAAACGAGCCGUCAACUAGUGAUAAACCUCCGCCAGGAGAUACAAAGCAAAGACAAUCAAUUUUAAAGAGGCCUGGAGCUUCUAAAGACAAUCAUGAUAGAAAAGCACCUGCUACCGUGUCAGGUGCACCCAGUCGCACUGCAGCCUCCACCCCUGCUGAAGACAGUAAUGGUGCCAAGGGGCGGAGGCCAUUAAGUGAUCAAGGUGUUCGGGUGGAGCAAGCCUCCACAUCAAAGAGGCGUGCGUCUUCCAAUGAAAAAUCUAAAAUUCAAACUUUUUUCAAAAGCAUUAAACCAUCAAAGUCAGCUUGGAAUAAAUGAGCUGUUAACUGUAAUUUACGUCACCCAGUCAUGUUUUGUUGGCACCUUAAUUAUUAGCAAAUAUGACAUUAGUUAUUUGGAGUAAGUUUAAACUAGAAAAAAGUGAUUUCCUUUGGAACAGUGAUUCAUUGAAAUGCCAAAUAAAGUAAUUCAGUGUCUUUCAUCGCUUGUGUAACAAGGUGAGAAAAAAGACUCACACAAUUCUUGUAAUAUAAAUAGAGGGAAAGGUUUACAUUUUCUGAAAAGAUGGUAUAGUUCACAAUUUAAUUGUUGAAAGAUUCAAAAAUAAAAAAAAAAAACACUGAAGUAGUAUAACAUGUGUCUUAAAACUGUAUAAAGUGCUGCUGAUCUUAUUUUAUUUGUGAUAGAAGUUUAUUUUGUUAAGGUCUCAUUUACUUGUAUUGUAGGGUUUAUAUUUAUGUAAGGCAGUACGAUGUGAUACUUUAUGUGCCAAGACGUUGUUUUUGUCAUAAUUUUUUAUUGUUGUCGAUUUUCCAACUAGUGCUCACUUUGUUUUAUAGUUGUUGUUCAUGUCCCAUUAUAGGCAAUUCUGUUUGUGCAUUUUAACUGAUGUAUAGUACCUGAGACGUCCAAUGGAAAUGAUUGUUACACUCUGUAUAACGUAACUGGUAUGUUACAAGUAUUUUCAUUGGCUGGGAAUGUUACAGAAGUAACAACAGUUGCUAGUCUCAUUAUAUAACCAUUAAAUAUGAAUUCCAAAGUGCUAAAUGUAAUUAUUUCACUGAGACAGUUUGUCAUAGACAUACUGUAUUGUAAAGUAGAUAUUUUCUGUCACAUUGUGCUCUGAUCUGGUGCUGUGUGUUAAUGUAUACAAUGGUUUUAGCUCACUUUUCAUUUAAGUUUUUAUUGUCAUGGCCUUAUACCUUGUCUAACAGAUGAUUAUGAACUUCUUCAUGAUAUCAGGAAAACCUAUAUAACUUUGUUAUCAUUUGAAAAUUAAACAAACACUCAGCUGUCACUUAUUUCUUAGGUAAACACAAUCUAAUACUGCAAAUGCUACAUAAAUGUGGACUGUGAUAUUGAGGGGACAAACUGCUUGCAAACACUAUAUCUUCAGAGCUUGUCUUCAGAUUUCUGUACAGAAACAUUCAUCACUUCAACAGCUGCCAACUGUGUAUACCUUGUCACCCCUCUAAAUCACCUCUCACACCUGUAAAUAAGCUGUAGUUUUAUAUCUGUCCAUUUUGUACUGGAGUCUGGCUAAGUACUUAAAAUUUUACUAUAAAACUUAUAAAUCAUUUACAAUUAAGCAGUUUAUUUCGUCACCAUUUUUUUAUUUACAAAAAAAAUCAUUCUAUAUAAAGCAGUUCAAAAUAUGAACAGUCACGUGAUUCCUCCAUUUUUACAUUUUACUCUAAUAGCCACACAAUUCUGUAUCUUCAAAUUUCAGCCAGGUAACAUUUUUUCUUCUCGGCUAUAGUUGUGUAUGGAAAGGUAAAUAUAUAUAUUCUUUACAAAAAAAAUUGAUUCAUUUAACAGCUGCCAGUAGUUGAACAUUUUAUUACUAUGUACUUGAAUUUUGUACCAAAUAUUUUUAUACAUUUUUAUUUUUGGUUUAUUCUGUCAGCAAAACUAACAGUGUCGCACAGUUUUACUGUAUUUUAUAAAAUGAGAGUGUUUAUCUUAUUGAUAAAGGUUAAAAGUUACCUUUAUGACAUGAAAAAGCUUUGUUGUAAAUGGUCAAGUCUACUUUUCAUACUGGAAGGAAAUAAUGUUUGAUUUUAUUUGAUUUUAUAAAUGAUUAUAAAUUCACAACACUUACCACAUAUAUCUGCUAAACAUUUGGUUUAAAACAUAUUUAAACAUAAUCUUUCUACCAGAAGUUUGACCUUUGUCAAAACAUUUCUGCACAGUUACAGGCUGGCUGUAGCAUGCUGAAAGCCAAAAUGUACGAUAUAAAAAAAGAUGCAGAACAUAUUCCUAUGCAAUUUGUCAAAAGCUUAGAAGGCCAGUUUUAGCUUUGCAUGGCUGUUAAACAUGGCUGUUUAUAUUUAGCAUCUAGCACCCACUCAUAGCUAUACCUUACAGCGUCUUGCACCCAUUCAGUGACUAUACCAUACAGCAUCUUGCACACAUUCAGUGACUAUAUCAUACAGCAUCUUGCACCCAUUCAGUGACUAUACCAUACAGCGUUUUGCACCUAUUCAGUGACUAUACUGUACGGUAUCUUGCACCCAUUCAGUGACUAUACCAUACAGCAUCUUGCACCCAUUCAGUGACUAUACCAUACAGCAUCUUGCACCUAUUCAGUGACUAUACUGUUCGGCAUCUUGCGCCCAUUCAGUGACUAUACCAUACAGCCUCUUGCACCUAUUUAGUGUCUAUACCAUACAGCGUCUUGCACCUAUUCAGUGACUAUACUGUUCGGCAUCUUGCGCCCAUUCAGUGACUAUACCAUACAGCCUCUUGCACCUAUUUAGUGGCUAUACCAUACAGUAUUAUUUUAUAUAUAAUAAAUGUUGUAACUUCUUCUAGUAACCUUAAUUAGUUUUCUACGUCACAUUAUAGACAGGGCUUAUAAACCUUGUUUUUUAUUAACUUUCUCUGAUAUAGGACUUGAACAAUCAGAACUAUGGCCGAGUACAAGGACAAGGGACAGUUUUACAGCGUUUCUAGAUUAUACAAAAAUCCGUCCAUUAAAAUGUUGUUAUUGUUAAUGAUAAUAUAUUUUAAUCAGUAACCAUUGACACUUGUUUAAAUUUUUAGAUGAAAUAUUGUAAAUAUUGGAGAUAUAUUUUCAAGAUAGUUUAUUUAUUCAUAUUACCAUAGUAACACUACUAAAACAUCAUGACAUCAUUCCAUUUUCUUUUUGAUCUUAUAAAUCCUUAAAUAUAUUUUAAUGUAACAAAACAUUAAACCAUUUCUUUUUCCUUUUAACAAAAUUUUACAUGAUUUUUUUUUUAAUUAGUUUUAAAUAUACAAGAUAUUAGAUUGGUGUUAUUAUGAGGAUGUUUAUGAUAGAACUUAGUAGUUGCUAUGGUAACAAUUGAACACCUUGGAUACAUUCCAUUUGACGAUGGUCAUGCAUUGUUUGCAUUUUGACUGAAUAAAACAUCAUAAAAUACUA